AGUGGAGGAACCGGAAAUAGUGACAUUUCCCCAUGUGAGAAGGAGAAAUAAACAGGACUUUCUGAAUUGGAGUGGUUAUAAGUUGAACAUGGCGAGGAGAGUUAUCUAUCCCCUCUACCAGAUCGGGAACCCCCAGCUGAGGAUAUUUCGAACCAAUUUCUUCAUGACCCUGGUGAGGCCUGGCAAAGAACAGCCGCCUGAUACCGUGCAGUUCAGAAUCCCUAUGGAAAUGACCAAGUGUGAUGUGAAGAACUACCUUGAAAAAAUCUACAGUGUACCUGUAGGAGCUGUGAGAACGAGGAUCCAGUACUGUACGAAUAAGAAGAGAAAUCACUUAAACCAGAGGGUGAAACGUCCUGAUUACAAAGUGGCCUAUGUCCAGCUGGCUCAGCAGCAGACAUUCCAGUUCCCUGAUAUCUUCCCUGAGAAGGACAAGACGGCUGAGCCGGGUUCUGUGGAGGAUUUUCAGGACAAGUUUAUGGAGGACGAGAAGCAGAGACAGAAGGCAGACCCCAGGCGAGGGGGGGUGACAGAGUGGUUUGGCCUUUAAGGAUGGGUAACCCCUUUUCUGCAGUACAAGAAAAUCAAGUCAGACUGUGACUGGAGUCUUACGUGCGCCAGGAGGACAUUUCUAAUUGUUAAACUCAACAGCUCUAUUCUGAUGUCUAGGCCCCUACGACAUGAAACAACUGCCUGUUAAUUUACCUUCACAAACCUCUGAUUCACCUCAGCUGCCCCACAGCGGAACUGGACUCUGUUUUGUCACCCGCAGUCAGCAUAUCAACAGCUCCAUCUUUGCAGCAGACAGCCCCUGAGUGUUUAUAAAGCCACUCCCUUUUUAUUUGUGUACAUGUGUGAGAAACAUAAGCUGAGGUCAGGCUACAGAUGAUCUAAGGUCAUCUUUUUUAUUUUCCACUGAGCUCUGUUUAGGUAAUUAGACACCUUCUCGCACAAUAAGGUCAGCAAUUAAAAAGUUCAAUGGAAAUGUUGAGCACUGAAUGCCAUUAUACAGUAGUACCAUUUUUACCUCUACAGAGGACGGCCUGUGCCUUCUGACUGUGAAAGCCCAUUAUGUUUAUGAAAUCGGUAAUAAGGCCAUCUCAGGUUCCUUUUUUGUUCACUCCAGCCCUCUCAGGUACAACACUAAGAGAUAUUUGUUGUGCGGCAGUGGUUCUUCAGCUGUAUGAGCCCUGAAUUCUUCCUGUUUGGUGGUUGUGCAGCUGUGCAGUUGUUGGGGUCUGAAAUGGAAGCACUGACAGUUUAAGGGGGUAUUAUGUACUGUGGCCUGAUACACAGUUCACAUGAGUUAUGAAACCAAGCUGGGGUAGUGACGGUGAACAGAAUGUUAGUGCAAAACUUUAAAAAUUAUAGAAUUAAAUCUACUUGUGACCUUGGUCUAUCUGUAGUAAUCGCAGAUUUCAAAUUGCAAAAGGUGAAAGUACAGGUUUUUCUUUGCUCAGGAGAGAAAUUAUAUGUAAUUUAAUCAAUUUUAAUCAAAGGGACCUAUUACACAUGAGAAUAAUAUGCUGUAGGGUCAGUGAAAUUAUUUUAAUAGAACCCAUUAUAUAAUUUAAUUUGAAAUAUAAAUUCAUUUGUAUUCAUAGAUGGUCCUUUCCUAGUAAAUUUAAACAUCUAUGCACUAGAUUAAACUUCUAACAGGUGCUUAGAAGAUAGCUACCAUUAGAAAUAACAAAGAGAGAAACUUGUACACAACUAGUUAUGCAAACAUCAGUGUACUGACGUUCUGGUCUGUAUCAUACCAAAACAUUAUUUUACUACCAAGAGCAUAACUGCAAAAGAGCAGCACAUGAAAGACCUUAUUUUUCCUCAUUUAAUGCAAUACCAAUACGUUCAUUACAACCAUACCAUAUCUUGUCAUUUAGGCUUUUUUUUUGUACUGCCAUGUUCUACUCCUUAACCAGUUUCUCUACAUACAUACGUGACGUAAAGGAGACCAAUUAAACCAAAACUAGAAAGUGAAUGAGAAACUACAUUAAUGCUAUCUAGUGACCUCUGUGAGUCACUUAAAGCAAAUUCCUUCAGUAUUCCUCUUAGUGUUGAUGAUGCUUGGUAUUUCUGUAAAGGUCUCACAAUCAUGGCUGUGUCAGUGUGAUUAAUUUUAUAAUAAUCUUGAUACAGAUAAAAAUUGGUUGUUUUGAUAACUGCUUAAAAAGAUUUUUAAGUAAACACAUUUUACCAGACAUUAUUUUUAUUUGUUCCCUUCUGGUUCCUGUCUGGUAUUUUGUUGCUUUUGUAGUUGAGUGUAUAAUAAAGAUUGUAAUCUCUCGUGCUGUGACCUCAGUUCAAAGUAUCAUUGUGGAAUCAUUUCAUAUUUUGGAAUGUUUUGAGAAUGUGUAUGUUUUCACUUGUGCAGUCCAUAAACUGCCCUUGUUUGAGAUUGUGAAACAGCUUUGUGAAAUAUUUGUCGUGUUAACUCCUCAUUACAGAGUACUCAUUGCUCAUUUUCUGCUUCAUUGUUUAGACUUGGAUGUGCAGAUUUUUCUCAGCUGAAAGUGUCAGAAGAGUAAUACACAGAAAUUAGUUUGGGGAGAAAAAAAAACAACAUUUGUAAAACAUUUCUUUCAAAGUUACAAGUCACACCAAUAAAAUCCAGAGUGUUGUUAUCCUGUG